AUGGAAGUAUAUAAGCUGGAAGAUAUGAUGAACCGGAUGAGUUGUCGGCGGCAGGAACCGCCACAACUUGAACAUUUCCAGUUCUUCCAGGUGAGCAAAACUCUUUUUGUGAGAUUCAAUUUCAAUUCAAUUAUUUUUCAGCAAUUAGGGAGAGGUGCUUAUGGAGUUGUACACCAUGUUCGAAGCAAAAUCGAUCAUCAAGAAGUGAGUUUUUUUAGACAGUUUUUUAUCGCGAGGUGUGAAAAAAAAGUGAAAAGGAGAAUUUUUUACAGUACGCGUUGAAACAAAUGGAGAUAAUAUCUGGACCCGAUGGAAUACCGCAAAGUGUUUUACGAGAAAUAUCCAUCAUGAAAAGCAUAUCCGUCAAACGGCAUCCAAAUAUUUUAGGGUCAGUUUUACCUCGUAGAAAUAAUUGCUGAAAAUAGUUCUGAAAACGAUGAUGAAAUGAGCGAAAGAAAACGCGCUCUAUUGAUAAACUUGCACUUUGUAUUACUAAUAGUGCUUUUGAACUGUUUCCCAGGGUUCAAAGAUGAAUAAUAGCAUUGAGCGGAACAGAAAAAAACUCCUGGGAAAGUAGACAUUUUAGAAGGACAUUUUUGGAAACUAUGGGAGAGUUUGAAAUGAAAAAAAGUUUUGAAAUAAAAAUCCCCAGGGUUUAAAGGAAGAAGUUGAUUUUGAAAAGUCAACAAUUUGAAAACAAAAAUUUAGUUGAAAGUACAACUAUUUCACAAUUCAAGCAAGUUUUUAAUCCGAAAAUUAUUUUAUUGAAUGGUUAUAAAGAAAGUAUUUUAUAAAUUUUUCAAGAUUACGCUCUACAGAGAUUCUGCAAAUUUUUCAAACUUUUUGAAAUUUCUGAAUCUUGAAAUCCUUAUAAACUUUUUUCAUUCGAACAUCUUAUUUCGUUUUAGAAGUUUGAUCAAUUCAAGUAUCAGAGACCAAUUUUCAGUUGAGAAGAAGCCUUUUAUGAAUCAAGAAACAUUUUAGUAGGAUUCUCUAAAAAUAUAAAAAGAAAAAAUAUAAAAAUCCAGUCACAGGUCUUACACAUUGUUUUUAGCUACAAAAACAAAAAACAAACAAACAAAAUUUCAUUAGAGCGCGAUUUCUCCCUCAUUUUCAGACAAAAUAAAAAGAAAAAUCUUUCAGACUCCGCGCUGUUUUCCAUCGUUUGGUUCGAGAAAAUGCGUAUGUACAAAUCAAUAUGCUUGUCGAAAAAUGCGACUGGGAUUUAUACACAUUUCUUCGUGAUAUUCCCAAAAAUCUACCCGAACAUCAAUGUCGUCAUAUUUCGGCGCAACUUCUUCAUGGAAUUGAAUUCCUCCACUCUCAUAACAUAAUCCAUCGUGAUUUAAAACCACAAAAUAUUCUGAUCAAUCGUGAUCAAACUGUCAAAAUUGCCGAUUUUGGGUUGUCCCGUAAUUAUUCGAAUACAAGUGCUUUCACAACAUUGGUCUGCACACUUUGGUAUCGCAGUCCAGAAAUUUUACUUCAAUCAUAUUAUGAUUCAUCGUCUGAUAUUUGGGCUGUCGGUUGUAUUAUUAGCGAGAUUUUCAGUCGACAAGCAUUGUUUCCAGCACAAAAUGAGGCUGAUCAACUGAAGUUGAUUUUUCAGUGAGUUUUCAUUUUUUAGAAGAUUAUUAUAAGUUUGUAAAGUUCGUGAAACAUCAGAAAAAUAAUUAUUUUGAGAAAUGCGAGCUCACAAUUAGAACUUCAUCUUUAAAUAUCCCAAAUUUCCAUUUUAUUUGAAGUUGCAUAAUCUCGAAUUCCACCUUUAAAAUCACCAUUUUUCAGAAGAAUUGGAACACCUUUGCCUCAUGAUUGGCCACAAGAUGCGGUUGUUGACAAAGAUUCUUUCAAAUGCUGGCCAUUGAAAAGUAUAGCACAGUAAGUCCUCCCCCAUAUUUUUGAUAACCACACCCUAAUCCAACCAUUUUCCAGAAUCAACCCAUUCUUGUGUCAAGCGUCUGUCGAUCUUAUUGAUCGUUGUCUAAAAUAUAAUCGAUUGGAACGUCUAUCAGCUCGUCAAGCAUUGGAACACCGUUGGCUGUGCCCUCAAAAACGUCGUGUUUUCCAAAAUCUUAACACAAAUCAGUAUUAA